AAGGUACAUGGCACUAUGGAGACUGUAUAAUAGGAUUUGGCCUUCUCUGGGGAAUCAGGGAAGGCUUCCUUCCCAGUGGACGUGAUGACUGAACCGAGAUCUAAAGGGUAGGAGAGUUAAAUCUGUGAGGAAGGCGUCGAAGCAAUGUAUUCUGGGUACAGGGUUGUACUUUGAGGAAAUGAAAAAUGGCCAGGUGUUGUCAGGAGAAAUAGCAUAGAUAAAGGGCUGGAGGAAUUGAUUAGGGGUCACUGUGAGUCACCUCCCAGGCCAUAUUAGGUAUUUGCUUUUCUAGAAGCAAUGGCAGGAUAUUGAUGCAUAUUUGAGAGGUGGGAGAAGGAUGGCAGGAUGUGAUUAUCUUGAAAUUUCCAUUUUAAAUGUCAUUCUGGCCAUAGUAGAAAGAACAAGUUAGAGAGUGAAAGUGGGGGUGAUCAGUUAGGGGACUAUGACAGUGGUCCAGAAGGGAGAUGAUGGUCAUUUGGAUAAAGUGGAAGAGGAGGAUGGUCGUCAAGUAUACUUACCAGGUAAAAUGGACGGACUUGAAUUGAAUAUGGGGUAGUGAGAGGAAAGGAGGCGUCGUCUAACAGGGGGUCAUGAUGGAUGUAUGAAGGUUUGGGGAUGGGUGAGAAGUUUCAGAUGUCUUUAAGACAUCGUGAAGGAUAUGUCCAAAAGGCAGUUAGCUGUUCAAACAUGGCUUUGUGGUUCCCAUCUACUCAUAUAUGUGUUUAAGUCCUUUGUGUUCUGGGGCCGUGGGUAUGGAUGAGAUCCCUUAGGAAGAACAUGUGAAAAGAAGAAGAUGGAACACAGCCUUGAGGAACUACCAUGUUUAAUGACCAGGUGGAGGAAAGACGAGUCUACAGUGGAAACAGAAAGGAUGGCCAGAAACGUAGGAGGAGAACUCGUGAGCUGUUGGGCGUGCAGAAACAGCAAUUGCAAGAACUUUGAACAAACAGCGGAGAUCCUGUUGCGUUUGUCUCCCGUCGAAGUUGCCAAUCUGAAGGAAGGAAUCAAUUUCUUCCGCAAUAAGAGCACUGGCCAAGAUUACAUCCUCUACAAGAAUAAGACUCGCCUGAAGGCGUGCAAGAAUAUGUGUAAGCAUCAAGGAGGCCUGUUCAUAAAAGACAUCGAGGAUUUGGAUGGAAGGUCUGUUAGAUGCACAAAGCACAACUGGAAAUUAGAUGUGAGCACCAUGAAGUAUACCAACCCCCCAGGCAGCUUCUGUCAAGAUGAACUAGUUGUUGAAAUGGAUGAAGAAAAUGGACUUUUGCUUCUAGAACUGAAUCCUCCUAACCCCUGGGAUUCAGAACCCAGAGCUCCGGAACAUUUGGCUUUUGGAGAAGUGCAGGUAACAUACCUCACUCAUGCCUGCAUGGACCUCAAGCUGGGAGACAAGAGGAUGGUGUUCGACCCUUGGUUAAUGGGUCCUGCUUUUGCCCGUGGAUGGUGGCUGCUGCACGAGCCUCCGUCUGAUUGGCUGGAGAGGCUGUGCCGCGCAGACCUGAUUUACAUCAGUCACAUGCACUCGGACCACCUGAGUUACCCCACACUAAAGAAGCUUGCUGAGAGAAGACCGGAUAUCCCCAUUUAUGUUGGAAACACAGAAAGACCUGUAUUUUGGAACCUGAAUCAGAGUGGCGUCCAGUUGACUAAUAUCAACGUAGUACCGUUUGGAAUAUGGCAGCAGGUUGAUGAAAAUCUUCGAUUCAUGAUCUUGAUGGAUGGCAUUCAUCCUGAGAUGGACACUUGCAUUAUUGUGGAGUAUAAAGGUCAUAAGAUACUUAAUACAGUGGACUGCACCAGACCCAAUGGCGGAAGGUUGCCUGAGAACGUUGCUUUAAUGAUGAGUGAUUUUGCUGGGGGAGCAUCAGGCUUUCCUAUGACUUUCAGUGGUGGAAAAUUUACUGAGGGAUGGAAAGCCCAAUUCAUUAAAACAGAAAGGAAGAAGCUUUUGAACUACAAGGCCCGGCUGGUGAAGAAGCUACAACCCCGAAUUUAUUGCCCCUUCGCUGGGUAUUUUGUGGAAUCCCACCCAUCAGACAAGUAUAUUAAGGAAACAAACAUCAAAAACGACCCAGAUGAACUUAAUAACCUUAUCAAGAAAAACUCUGAUGUGGUAACAUGGACGCCACGACCUGGAGCCACUCUUGAUCUGAGUAGGAUGCUGAAGGACCCAACAGACAGCAAGGGCAUCAUAGAGCCUCCAGAGGGGACGAAAAUUUACAAGGAUUCCUGGGAUUUUGGACCGUAUUUGGAAAUCUUGAAUGCUGCUGUAGGAGACGCAAUAUUUCUUCACUCAUCCUGGAUAAAAGAAUACUUCACUUGGGCGGGAUUUAAGGAUUAUAACCUGGUGGUCAGGAUGAUUGAAACAGAUGAGGACUUCAGCCCUUUUCCUGGAGGAUAUGACUAUUUGGUUGACUUUCUAGAUCUGUCCUUUCCAAAAGAAAGACCGAGCCGGGAACACGCAUAUGAGGAAAUCCAGAGCCGGGUUGACGUCAUUAGACACGUGGUGAAGAAUGGUCUACUCUGGGAUGACUUGUAUAUAGGAUUCCAAACCCGUCUGCAGCGGGAUCCUGACAUAUACCAUCAUCUGUUUUGGAACCAUUUUCAAAUAAAACUACCUCUAACACCACCCAACUGGAGGUCCUUCCUGAUGCACUGUGGGUAGAGCCGACCUAAGCUUCCCAGAGAUGCCAAGCAAACAUAGAAAAUUCAAGAAUUCACUGAUGCGCCAUCUUGAACACAGGAAGCUUAUACCAAAGAGACUUACACCUUAUUGACAUCAAAAAUGGAUAAUUACAUGUGGCACUUGUGAGAUGUUCACUUAUCUUAUGUUUGUGGGUCACUACAUAGCCAGAUAAUUUAUAUUUUACUUAUUCCAUACCCAAUUCUCUGGAAAAGAACCAAUGACCAUACAGGAACAGAUUGUCUAUGGGAAACAAAGCAUAAUGGAAGGAGAUGUGAAUCCAAGCAUUGAAGAAAUAGAACGAGAGGACACAGAAUUCUCUAGGGGAAAAUGAGGAAACCAGAUAGGGUGGGGGAGCAAAUGUUGGGUUAGAAAAAGAGAAGAAAGAAGAGAAAUAGAUAAAUGAAUGACCAUAAGAAGAAAACAGGAAGGAAGAAAAACUUAAAAUAGAAUUAUAAAAGGAGAAUGUACUAAUAGACAUUUUGUUCCUUAAUAGGUUGAUUCCCCAAAUAGGGUCCAUUAAGAGAAUCGGGUAAGAGGGCUCAUGAGCUGUUUCCAGUUUUUCAGAAAGCUUUGUUGAAAUACAUUUGUCAAAACAAGGCUGCAGCGGCUGCCCUCAACAGUAAAAUUUCAUUGGGACUAAAAUGAUGUUGAUUCAGGGACAAAAUUAGUCAUUUCAUGGAGCUUAUAAAUUCUAACAAAUGGAAUGAUCUUUGAUUAAUAACAUAUAUAAAUACUAAUAGUAACAAAAUAAGUUUUGUAGACAAAAAUCUUUUGAAAUCAACAAUAAAGAUCCAUACUUUGAAAAAAUUGGGAAAUCCUCUUCUGAACAUGUAAAAUACUGUUUUAGUGGUUAAGAUAGGCAACUAAUUUAUCUGUUUCUGCUGCUGUCUCUAGUUUUUGAUGAUAUUUGCAGGAUUAAGGCACAGCCGUGCAAAUGUAUCCCUAGAAAAUGUGAUUGUUAACAAGGUUUCUAUUUUACAUGUUGAUGUUUCUCGUACAACACACACACACCUCUCACUGACUAACAUCAAAACUGGUUUUCUGAGUAUAUAUGCUACCUCUUUAAUUCUGAAGAUACUAGACUCCAGGGGUGGAAUUAAUCUCCUUAAAUACCUAAAUUCACAGUUGGUAAUGGAAAUGUUGAUCUGUUUUUCUUUGAGAUUAAUACCAGUGAUGUUCCAUUACUCUGGUUCACCUCACACAUUAUACAGAAAUGCUUAUAAUUCAAGAAUCCUGUUUUGUGAUUUACACUAUAUAAUAAAUUAUUCCAUUAUUACUGAAAAAUAAAUGUAAUAUAUGUCAAUAGAAUGUAUGUUAAAAUGUAUAUGAUGAACAAAUAAAGAUUGUUUUAAAAUGCG